AUGGAGCAACAACAGCAGCAGAACAACAAUCUGCAGCCUACUGGACCGGGAGGUCGCAGGCUGCAUAUUGCACAUAGGAGGUCGCCUUCGGAGCUGACCCCGCUCAUGAUGGAGCAAUUGGCUCUUCAGCAACAGAUCGAGAUGCUGCAAGCACAGCAACAACAGAUGAUCUCAGCGCAUCAACAGUACGCAAACAUGGGACUGAUCCCGCCUGGACAGGCUCAUCUACAGCAACAGGGUUUCAACAUCCAACAUCAAAUCCCAAAUAUUUCACCCCAACAACAGCAGGGAAGCUUCCAGUUCCCUCAGCAUCAGCAAGGUUCCGCGCCACAGGGUGCUCCUACUCAGCCUUCUGCCCAUAGGCGCAACCAAUCUGCUAUGCCAGGCAUGAGUGCUGCUGCUGGCGGACCUCCCCCAGCCCCUUCAUCGGGAAGCGGUGGUGCUGCACCUCAGCGCCGACCAGCCGGUGGACCAGCCGGACAAGGCGGUGCUGCCCCCAGUGGCCAUCAACGUAGACACUCACUUGCUCUCCCCGAAGCGAUUCAAGCUGCUCAAUUGGCACAAGCACAGAGGGGACAGGGCAAUUUUCAAUUCCCUCCUCCUGGAGCAGCAGCGACCAGCGGUGCUAGCCCAACAUCUACUCCGGCGCCUGCUGGAGAAAGCUCCAGCCCUGCAACUACUAACAGCUCAGUACCUGCUACAACGACCACUCCCCCAAUCAACAAACCUGCUUCACUUGCGCCUCCUAGACCCGGGGGAAGAGGUGGGCACGGAAGAAGCCAGAGUCUUGCGGUUAUGAACGGCAGGAACAACAACCCUGUAGGUGGUAAUCGCAUUGGAGGUUUUCAGUUCCCCCCACCUAUGGCUACGAAUGAUGCCGGUGCAGGAGCAGCCUCUUCAGGACAAGGUGGAAAUCAACAGGGCGGGAAUGUGGAGCGUCGUGGCAGUAACUCUGGGUUCCAAGGUCAUAACCGCCAGGGCUCAAGAAAUUAUGAGGGUAACUGGCGCAACCAGAACCAGAACCAGAAUCAACAGCAGGGUCAUCAGCCAGUUGCUUCGGUCGACCUUCAGAACCUUCAAGGCAUGGGAUUUCAACCGGGACACCGGGCGAGGGCUUCGAUUGGGGCUUUCUCUUUCCCUGCCCAACAGGGACUGAUGCUUCCUGGACCUGGGCAAAAUAUAUUUAUGGGACAGCCCAUUCUCAACCCGGGAUUGUUGCAGCAACAAACACUCAACCAGCUUCAGAUGCAACAGGCAGCAUUGAACGCCCAAAGCAUGACACUCGGACAGAUGGGCCAGGUUGGAGGACCGAAUAUGUCUAAUCAGCAGCAGCAACAGCAGAGGAAGACUUUGUUCACUCCCUAUCUUCCGCAAGCUAACUUGCCGGCGCUCUUGGCAGAUGGUCAAUUGGUGUCUGGUAUCUUGAGGGUCAAUAAGAAGAACAGAAGUGACGCGUAUGUUUCUACUCAGGAUGGACUCUUGGAUGCCGACAUCUUCAUUUGUGGAAGUAAGGACCGAAACAGGGCCUUGGAAGGUGAUUUGGUUGCCGUCGAGCUUCUCGAUGUCGAUGAAGUUUGGGGUCAGAAGCGCGAGAAAGAGGAAAAGAAAAAGCGCAAAGACAUUAGUGACACUAGAGGGGGCCCUUCAAAUGCACCUACUAGUACUUCCGCCGACACCGGUGCUAAUACAGACGGUGUUCAAGAGCAAACAGGAGGUAUCAAGAGGAGAGGAAGUCUCCGUCAACGACCUACCCAGAAGAAGAACGAUGAUGUUGAGGUGGAGGGGCAGAGCUUGCUUUUGGUCGAAGAGGAGGAGGUUAGUGAUGAGCAGAAGCCGUUAUUUGCUGGACACAUUGUCGCCGUUAUUGAGCGAGUCGCCGGGCAGAUGUUUUCUGGUACUCUUGGUCUAUUGCGUCCUAGUAGUCAAGCUACCAAGGAGAAGCAGGAAGCCGAGCGCGCAGCCCGUGAAGGUCACUCUGGAAGACCGUCUCAGCCUGAAAGAGUGCAGGAUAAGCCUAAGAUUGUUUGGUUUAAGCCCACAGAUAAGAGGGUUCCUCUGAUUGCCAUUCCUACGGAACAGGCGCCACGUGACUUUGUUGAGAACCACCAGGCUUAUGCAAACCGUAUUUUUGUUGCUUGUAUUAAGCGUUGGCCAAUUACCUCUCUCCAUCCCUUCGGUACUCUUUUUGAGCAACUUGGGGAAAUGGGAGAUAUGAAGGUUGAAACUGAUGCUCUCCUCCGUGAUAACAACUUUGGGCCAGACGAUUUCUCGGACGCGGUAAUUCGCAACGUGGGCUUCGACAACUGGACCGUUGAAUCAGAGGCUGAAGAAGUCGUUUCUGCACGUAAAGAUUUCAGGGACCUCAAGACUUUCAGUAUUAAUGCCAAGGAUACCGAUGCUAUCGGCCAUGCUUUCCACACCAAGAAGGUUUCUGAGACAGUUUGGGAAAUUGGUGUUCAUAUCACAGAUGUGUCAUUUUUCGUCAAGCCCAACUCUUUGGUAGAUAGGGAAGCAAAGAAGAGAGGUACUGGAGUGGAGCUGAUCAACCGAUCGGUUCCAUUGCUCCCUGCCAAGCUGGCCGAUGAACUCAUCUCCCUCAAGCCUGGUCAGGAUAGGUUUACAUACAGUGUUGUUUUCCAAGUCAAUGCCAAGGAUGGGAAGGUCAUUGAGGAGGAGACGUGGGUGGGAAAGGCCAUUGUAAAGAAUGAUGCCAAUUUUAUGUUUGGCGAUGUUGAUGCUAUAAUUUCGAACGCCGGGGGGGAAACUACCGCCGCAGAGUACAAGGAGGAAAUUGGCCUCUUGCACGAUAUUACACGUAAACUCCGCAAGGAAAGAUACAACGCUGACAAUGACGAGAUACCUGCCAUGCGCUUGGUUUCUCUACUCGAUGACGAGAAUAUUCCUAUCGAAGACAAUAUCUUCCACUCCCGCCCUGCGUACGAGGUCCUUGAGGAAUUGUUUGUCAAGACCAAUGCAGUUGUUGCUCAAAAGAUUGCUGCUGCCCUUCCCGAAAAGGCUUUGCUGCGCCGCCAUGCCCGCCCUAACCAGCGUCGCCUAGACAACUUUGGUGAACGGAUGAACCGUCUUGGUCAUACUAUUGAUAUCUCUAAUAGUGCAGCUCUUCAAACGAGCUUGUUCCGCCUUGAGGAUCCUGUUGUGCGAAUGGGCAUGGAAACCCUCCUUAUCAAGGGAAUGCAACGCGCCAAGUACUUCGUUGGUGGUAAAUUACCAGCUGAAAUACACGGCCACUAUCUUUACAAUCUUCCUUUAUACACCCAUUUCACCAGUCCCAUCCGCCGUUACACCGACAUCAUCGUGCAGCGCCAGUUGGAGGCCGUUCUAUCCGAGGGUGCUAUCGAAUUCACCGAGGAUAUUGAGUCCUUGGCCAAGACUGCCGAGCAGUGUAAUGUCAAGAAAGAUUCAGCGAAGAACGCGCAGGAGCAAAGUAUUCACAUCGAGCUUUGCCGUGCCGUCGACAAACGCCGACAGGAGCAGGGUGGUGAGUUAAUUUGUGAGGCCAUUGUUAUCAACGUUUACGAAUCCGCGUUCGACGUUCUAAUCCCCGAAUACGGCUUCGAGAAACGUGUGCAUUGUGACCAGCUUCCGUUGAAGAAGGCAGAAUUUGACAAGACCAACCGAGUUUUGGAGCUGUACUGGGAGAAAGGAGUCCAAUCAAAUGUAUACAUUCCCGAGGAUGAACGUCCGAAGGGCGGUGCUGCUCUCCGUGCGGCAAAUGCUGCAGCUGCUGCGAAGGCCGAGGCCGCGGCACAGAAGGCUGCUCACGAGGCGGAAGAGAAACAACGCAAAAUGAUGGAAAUAUCUUCUCUGUCCAUCAACGAUCAGGAUGCAUUGUUCGAUGAUGACGACGAAGAAGAAGACGAGGAGGAGGAGGAGGAGGAGGAGCAAGCACCUGUCCCUGAGCAAUCAUCUUUGGCACCGCCACAGUCAAAUACUCGACCAACCCAGAGCAUGCCUGGAUCACCGACGAAACCUUCCAGCGCACAAACCCCUCACCGAACUCGCUCGGACCCUAAGAUGUCUGUCACUACAAUUGGCGAGAAGGCAGACAGCACGGAGGUUUCUAACAAGGAAAAAUACUUGCAUAUGUUCACCUUGCGCGAGGAAAAGAGCGAUUAUAUUCAGGAGGUUAGGGAACUGACCAGGGUUCCAGUCUUCCUCAAGACCGAGCUGAGCAAGAGUCCUCCUUGCUUGACUAUCCGGUCACUAAACCCUUAUGCCCUGUAA